AUGGCCCAAGGCGCUCUUUCAUGCAGUCUCUUGCAUGUUUGCCUUCCGCAUGUUCAAAACGAGGGGACCAUGAUGCAUUGGUUCGGUUUCUUGAUUGACUUUCAAAACCUCAGCCAGAGCCACCGCCUAGCUCUCCAUCUUCCCGCUAUGCAAAAUUACUUUGCUUCCUCUAUCAACCUAGACAGAGUCGAGCCAGCAAAUAACGCCGUCGCGGAAUUCGAAACGAACACUCACACAAUACAUGCCGUUGCCAGUGCACGCCUUUACCACACGCAACUCAACGUUAAAAAUUGCGAAUGGAGCUACUCGCGGCUGAAGGGUACACUCAGCUUUGGUCGGGAUUGGAGCUCCAAGAGCGCCGGCCAAGGUGGUGCGCAGGACUCCGAGAAGUAUUGGUUCAGCUUGGUGGACAAGGAUACGGGGAGGGCUGUUUGGAUGUUCAAAAUUCCACCUGGAAUGGAUUACCAGGUCGACCGGCCGUUUUUCCAUGUUUUUCAAGGAAGGACCCGCAAGUAUGGAUUUCUAUUUGAGGACGACGAGGAGGCGGCAGUUUUUUCAAAUAAAGUUGCCAGUCAGUUCUCGAGAGGCGGUAGUGAGUGCUCAGGUUUACCGCUCCCGGUAUAUAUUUUGAUUCUGCCAGAAACGCCAAAGAGAUCAAGGAGCCUGAAGAGCAUCGGCACAAAAUCAAAAUCUCUUCCAGUUUCAAUAUCCAUGAUAUCUUCUCCAACGCCAAACUCGUUUCAACACGUUUCUCAUGUUGGCGUGAACAAAAAGGAAGGUGUUUUCGAGGCUUCCAAAGAUCUCGACGCCCCAUGGAGAAUCACGUUGUCGGAUCUGCAAAACUACAACGUCAGAGAAGUUGAGCACAAGGACUUCAGUGAGGGUUUUUGGAAGGGAGUAGAGAACAUCAGCCGGAACAACAAUGAUAACCUAGCCAGGUGUGAUUUAGAAUCUCCAUAUAUGCCUGAUGAUCUACGGCGGGCAGCGGAGAAUGUUCCCAUUUGCACUGUGUAUUGA